AAAAUAAACCAUAUAAUCUAUAUAAUCUAAAAUGCAAUUUAUGAACUUAAUUUUUAACUUUACUUAAUUUAUUUAAGAUGAAUAGUGGAGACAGUGGAGAAUUGAGUGAUAAACGUUUAGUAUAUGUGUAUAAUUUUCUAAUAAAAUCUUUAAAGAUUAAAAAUGAUGUAAUAGAUACAAUGAUGCGAAAUCGAGAGUUUCAUGCUUUGGUAAUGGAAUUUUUGAACACGCCGGAUCGUGAUUCGAUUUUUUUCAUGCAGAACUCUGCUGGUUUAUUGAUACCUAUGUAUGAUGAUUUUCCUGAUGGUUAUAAGUCUAGAGUUUCCUAUAUUAUAAGACUUGAUCCAGUUGAAGUUACAGACGAUAAUUGUGAUUCGAUACUUUUGUGUGGAGAAGUGUCACCAAACCCUUUUGAAGAUUUAAAAGCGAUCACUGAAAAUGCUUUGUUGAAUUUAUUUUCUAACAAAGAAAACUUCUUCAAAAACUGUUCCGAUGACAUUAUAGUGGAAGUACAAGACAGGCUUAAUGAUUUUCUUACAAACAUAAAUAACAUGUCAGGACAGAUGAAAAAUCGCUCAAUAUUGACUUUACCUUAUGGAUAUGACAACAUUACUUCUGCUUUAAAAACCGCCGAAAUGAGUGAUGGAAAAAUUAUUGAUGAUGUGUUAAAACAAAGAUUAGAAAAUAAAGUGUACACUUGGUUCAAAGAAAUGAAAACAAUGGUAGCGCUCAAGCCAGAUGUGAUUUUGGAGAAAAAUCCCGCUGCGUCGCCUGUUCAAUACCUCGAUUUUUGGAAAAAUCGAGAAAAACAAUUUAUACAUUUUUAUGAACAAAUUGAUCAACAGAUUGGACAUUUUUUAACCAUUACAAAAAGUCCAUGUUUGGAUAUUUAUAAGCAAAUAAUAGAAACAACAGUGUCUGAAAAACGAGAAACAAAUCUAAUAAAUAUGUUUUUAUCAACACUGACUAAACACAUCAAUACGAUUGAAGGAGAUGGUUUGGUCGAGUCAAAGAUAGAAAUAUGUGUUUUAUGGAGGAAAUUGGCUUGUAUAUGGAUAAAUUGUCCGAAUUUUCAAAAUUAUAAUUAUCUAAUUAUCUUGAUAAAAGUAUUAUGUAAUAUGGUCAUGGCUGAGUCAUCGAGAUAUUUAGAGCCAACUGCUCUGUUUCAAGGCGAACUAGCAGAAAAUUUAGCAAAGAUUUAUGAUAUUCUAGAUAUAUUAAGUUAUUUCAAAAAUCAAUUCAAAGUUAUUCAAACGGAAUAUUUCAAAAAACAAUUUGAUAAAUUUGUAUUGUCAAAUUCUGUUUCACGUAAUUACAAACCACGUUAUUGGAACUUCCACACAAAUGAUAUUUUUCAGAGUCUUGACGCAUUUGAAGAUCGGUUAAAUUGUAUUAAAUCGAUGAUAAUAAACUUUAUUGAUUAUCAAAAAUUGGAAAAAGUGGAUGUGGGUGGACUCAUUGGCUGUUGGUAUAGUCCAAUGAUUGAAAACAUGUAUCUUCGGUUUACAAAGUAUAUGGAAAAGUUGGUUUCUAUAGCUUACGAUCCAUUGGAUUUAUUGAAUGACGUAAAUAACGCCUCGUUUCUGGAGGACUACAAUUACUAUUUAAAUAUGUCGAAUGAUAUUGACAAUCGUUUAGCCACUGUUUCAAAAGCCUGUUUCGAAAACAUCGACAAUCUAAUGUCAUUUCACAAAUUUAUAAUGAUAUUUGGUUCGACCGUGCUAAAUCGUCCUAUUGUAGCGAGUAUUGUGGAAAAGCAUUUCGAAAAAGCGUUAGAUCUAUUGGACUUGGAAUUGGCUCGGGAGUUAAAACUUAUUGACCGUCUAUCAGGAACGGUGAUAGAUACCGGAAUCGAGAAAAGUGAUUAUUACGAAAUGCGAUUUAUACCAGAAGAAAUGGACCAAGAAUAUCCACUCGUGGCUAGAGCGAUCAUGUGGGGUAACUCGCGGAUAAAUAAUCGAUUAUUGGAAGAUUUAAAAGCUAUUCAGUCUUUUGACUUGUCAAUCAUGAAAACUCCAAGAGGAGAUCAAAUCAAUAUAAAGGCUGAACAAUUAAAGGAUAAAUUUAAAAAUUAUUUAAGUCCUUUGUUUGAAGAAUGGAAGCGUGUUGUACCAAUACAGAUACAGGAAAAAAUAGUACAACCGCUUUUCACAAUUAACAAUAAUAAGACAAUCAGUUUGAACUUUUCUGAAGAACUGGAUGCAGCAAUUAAAGUAACUAGAUACAUAAUUCUCUGCAAUUAUAAUUUCAAAAAUCCAAUGUUUGGGAUUGGAAUAGAUGAUAUACCAUACGAUGCAAUUAAGCUCUAUAAACGAGAAAAUCUGAUUUUAAAAUAUAAAAGAGAUAUUGAAGAAAUAGUUAAAUGGUAUAAUAUGCUAAGAACAGAAACCCAUCCUACAGAAUUACAGUUAAUCAUUCAAGAAAUAGAGAAUAUUGAUAACCUUAUUGAAGAUGCUCAAAAGUUUGUUACAUGGAAUUCGGAAGAUAUUGUUUACUCGAGUGAACAUGAUUUGGACGAAGAAUCUGAAAAUGAUCAAUUUGUGUCACCUAUAUCUUUACAAAAUACAAUUAGCACUAUUCAUGAUUUGACUAAACAUAUUUACGAGCGUGUAAUGCAAACCCAUGAAAAUUUUGAAAAAAUUAUCAUUUUAAGUAGUCAAUGGAUUAAUAAGCCAAUGUAUAUGCGUGAUAAGAAUACAAAACGAAUAGCGUUCGAUCAUAAAUUGACAGAAAAAAAAAUCGCUAGGUACGCCGAAGUGCAAGACGCUAGUACUAAGAUACAACGAUUGCUUAAAGAAGAUCUUUUAUUAUUUCACAAUGUUCCAUUAUUAGAUCCAAAUUUGAUUAUAGAAAAUCAAGAAGCAAUUAUUUUAGAAGAAAUAUUGGAAGAAGAAAAUAACGAAGAAGAAAAAUUAGACUAUACAGAAAAUCAAGAAGAAAUUAUUUCAGAAGAAAUAUUUGAAGAAGAAUAUAACGGAGAAGAAAAAUUAGACUAUACAGAAAAUCAAGAAGAAAUUAUUUCAGAAGAAAUAUUUGAAGAAGAAUAUAACGGUGAAGAAAAACUAGACUAUAUAGAUAUUCAGGCAGAAAUUAUUUUAUCUAAUAUUGAAAGAAAGUUAAUGUGGGAUAAAUAUAAAUACUAUGUUGAUGAAAUAGUAUUUACGGAGUUACAAGAUGCAACUCUUUGCAGUCUCAAGUAUAUCAACGAUGAAAUAACAAAUCUCAACGGAACUUUACCAAUGUUUUUGGUUGUAUACUUUCUCGAUAACGAUAAUUUCCCCCGUUUCUCACCUAAUUUGGAAAUUGAAGAUGAACCAAAUUUCUUAGGAUUGGUUACUUCUUUACUUGAAGAUAUGGUCGAAAUGGGAUCGUACAUGGAAAGAAUUGCUGAUAGCUAUCCAUCUUAUAAUGUAGAUAUAAAGAAUGUCGAAACGGUGGUAGAAUACAUAGAUAAUAUACUUGAACAAGUAAAGAUUACAACCAAUAAAGCUCUUGAAUACAUUGUGCAGUACCAAGAUUAUUCUAUGGUUUGGCUAACUAAUCAAAAUGAUGCAUUGUCAACUUUUUUAUUAUACGGUAGAGAUCUAUCAUCAGAAGAACUAGAAAUUCAAUAUGACGUUGAUGAAGAUGGUAAUCCAUUAGUUUUACAUUCUUCCCCAAAACUGAUUGAUUUUCAAAACAAAAUUAACCUUUUUGAUAAUAUCUAUCAAAAAGUCGACAAAAUAGAUGAAAUCAUGACAUUUGAUGUUUGGUUAACUAUAGAUAUUAAACCUUUUAAAAGAGAUCUUUUAAAAUUAAUUACCAGUUGGUCAGAUUUAUUCAAAACAUAUUUGGUUAACAAAGUAGUGAAUAGUUUGCGUUCAUUACGAGAUUUCACUAUGGAAACAGACAUUGGUCUUUUAAAACCAUUGGAAGAAGGGGACUAUGAAGGACUUGUAAAAAUUAUGGGACAUUUAUUUAAUGUUCGAGAGAGGCAAGAGGAAUAUGAUUCAAUGUUCGAGCCAAUUGGAGAAAUAUUACAUCUACUAAAAGUGUAUGACGUAGAAAUGCCAGAAGAUGUGUAUAUCUUGAAGCAGGAAUUACCAGAAAAAUGGAGUAUAACUAAGAAAAAUGCGUUGAACGUCAAAUCUCAAGUAAUUCCUUUAAUUCAAACAGAAGGAUCAAUAAUAAUCGGGAGAAUAAUUUUGUUAAACGUACGUGAAACGUUUUUCAAAAUGAAUUUUAUAAAACAGCCUCAAUUUAAUGCAAAAUGUGAAAACCCUUACAUAGAGAUUGAUAAUGCAAAUCAUUCUUUAAUGGAAUUAGAAGACUUGCACGAAAAAUUACUCUCUCAAGCUGUAUUAUUUGAAAUUCCACAACCAGAGCCAAAUAUAUUAUUAUCAACUAAAAAAACUCUACGUCUUAAUAAACAGUUAUGGGAUUUUGUGUAUCUAGUAAGAGGUUGGAUAGAUGUGUGGAAAUCUACACUGUGGAGUAACGUAGACACUGAGAAUAUAGACAUGGAACUUAAACGAUUUGCAAAAGAAUUAAAAGUGAUGGAUAAAGUUAUUCGUGAUUGGUCAGUAUAUGUAUACAUCGAAGAUUUGAUCAAAACCAUGAUGACAUCUUUAAGAGCAUUAAGUGAACUACAAAACCCAGCAAUGAAAGAACGCCACUGGUCGGAACUUAUGAAUGUCACAAAUGUCAGGUUUUCUAUUGAGAAAUCGACAACACUAAAUGAUUUAGUUUCACUUAAUUUACACGUGUAUGAAGAAGAUAUAAAAAAUAUUGUAGAUAAGUCUGUGAAAGAAAUGAGUAUGGAAAAGUCUUUGAAAGAAUUUACUGAAACUUGGAAUACGAUGUCAUUCGAGUAUCAGCUCCAUCCUAGAACAAAAGUUAAUUUGCUUAAAGUUAAGGAGGAAGUAGUAGAAGUAUUAGAAGAUAAUCAAGUCCAAUUACAAAAUAUGCUAAGUUCAAAGUUUGUUGGAUAUUUUUAUAAUGAAGUGUCCAAUUGGCAAUUGAAAUUAAAUACAGCUGAUCGAGUAAUUAAUUUGUGGUUGGAAGUACAAAGAAUAUGGGCUUAUCUGGAAGCAAUUUUUAUUGGUUCUGGUGAUAUACGGGUACAAUUACCAGAGGAUACGAGGCGAUUCGAAUUACUUGACAAGGAAUUUAAGUCAUUACUAGUGGAUAUUAGAGCUAAUCCGAACGUUGUAAAGGGCACUAGUAAACCCGGAUUGUAUAAUAAACUUGUUAAUAUACAAAAUGAGUUGUUUAAAUGUGAAAAAGUUUUAGCACAAUAUUUGGAAACAAAACGAUUAACUUAUCCAAGGUUUUAUUUUAUAUCAUCAGCCGAUUUAUUAGAUAUAAUAUCAAAUGGUAAUAAUCCGGAAUCCGUUUGCAAACAUUUGAUCAAGUUAUACGAUUCGAUGGCAAAAAUAAAGUUUAUCAAAGAUAAAUUAGGAGUUGGUAUGUACGCUAAAGAUGGAGAAUACGUUGAGUUUAAUGGAAACUGUGAAUGUUCUGGACAAGUUGAAAAAUGGCUAAAUAAAUUGACGGAUAUAAUGCGUUCAUCAGGUCGUCAGUACUUCAGUAAAGCAGUAAAAUCCUAUGAUGAAAAACCAAGAAGGCUAUGGAUAUUUGAUUAUCCGGCUCAGGCAGCUUUAUGUGGUGUUCAAAUAUGGUGGACUGCUGAAACUAACGAUGCAUUUGCUCAGCUUGAAAUAGGACAUGAAAACGCUUUGAAAGAAUACAACAAAAAACAAAUAGUGCAAUUGAAUGAACUUAUCGAUUUGCUAUUGGACGACUUAACGAAAGGAGAUCGACAAAAAGUGAAUACAAUUUGUACUAUUGACGUGCACUGCCGGGAUGUUGUGGCGAAAAUGAUUCAACAGAAAAUUGAAACCGCUUCUGCUUUUCAAUGGCAAUGUCAACUAAGACACAGAUGGGAUUUCAAAGAAUCGGAUUGUUUUGCCAAUAUUUGUGACGCGCAAUUUCGAUAUUGGUAUGAAUACUUAGGAAAUACUCCUAGAUUGGUUGUCACUCCUUUGACCGAUAGAUGUUACAUAACAUUAACACAGUCAUUACAUUUAAUAAUGGGAGGCGCUCCAGCUGGACCAGCCGGGACCGGGAAAACUGAGACGACCAAAGAUUUAGGAAAAGCCAUAGGAAUGAUGGUUUACGUUUUUAAUUGCUCCGAACAAAUGGAUUAUAGAUCAUGUGGUAAUAUUUACAAAGGCCUUGCUCAAACCGGUGCUUGGGGAUGUUUUGAUGAAUUCAAUAGAAUAUCUGUAGAAGUUUUGUCCGUGGUGGCAACUCAAGUUAAAUCUGUAUUAGACUCCAUUAAAUCAAAAAAGAACACAUGUUUUUUAUUGGGUGACAAUGUUAAUCUCAUUCCAACCAUCGGCAUGUUUAUUACGAUGAACCCGGGGUACGCGGGACGAGCUGAACUUCCUGAGAACCUUAAAGCGUUGUUUAGGCCUUGUGCUAUGGUUGUACCAGAUUUUGAAUUGAUUUGUGAAAUUAACUUAAUUGCUGAAGGAUUCCAAAACGCAAGGUUACUUGCUAGAAAAUUCUUGACGUUAUAUUCGCUUUGCAAAGAACUUCUAUCCAAACAAGAUCAUUAUGAUUGGGGUCUAAGAGCUAUCAAAUCACUAUUGGUUGUUGCUGGGUCGUUAAAGCGGGCAGAUAGAAAUCGUCCCGAAGAUGAAGUAUUAAUGCGAGCUCUUCGAGAUUUCAAUACUCCAAAAAUUGUAACGGAAGAUACUUCUAUAUUUAUGGGACUGAUCGGUGACUUGUUUCCUGCUCUAGAUGUGCCCCGAAAACGCGAUUUAGAUUUCGAAAAACAAGUUCGUCAAGCUGCGAUUGAUUUGAAACUUCAACCAGAGGAUAAUUUUAUUCUCAAGGUAGUACAACUAGUGGAGUUAUUAGAAGUUAGACAUUCAGUUUUCAUAAUUGGCUUGGCCGGUACGGGCAAGUCUGAGGUUUGGAAAACAUUGUAUAGGACUUAUGCAAACUUGAAAUUCAAACCGUAUUUUAAUGACAUCGAACCAAAAGCAGUUACUAAUGAUGAACUAUUUGGUGUUAUUAGUCCGACUACCAGAGAAUGGGUAGACGGAUUAUUUUCGUGUUUGAUAAGAGAUCAAUCACAAAUGUCUGGCGAUGGAUCCAAAUGGAUGGUAAUGGACGGUGACAUAGAUCCAAUGUGGAUUGAGUCAUUAAACACAGUAAUGGAUGACAAUAAGGUGUUGACAUUGGCGAGCAAUGAACGUAUUGCUCUUACACCAACAAUGCGUCUACUGUUCGAGAUAUCUAAUUUGCGGUCGGCUACGCCAGCCACUGUUUCUCGAGCUGGUAUACUCUACUUAAACCCAGCAGAUCUCGGCUGGAACCCUUAUGUUGCUAGUUGGAUUGACACUAGGGAUAAUGCGACCGAAAAAGCCGCUCUUUUGGUAUUAUUUGAAAAAUAUGUGCCAAUCUGUUUAGAGGCGCUGAAAACAAAAUUCAAAAUUAUAACACCCAUACCGGAAAUAACGCACAUACAAAUGUUGUGCACGUUACUCGAUUGUCUUCUGACUCCGAUAAAUUGUCCUCCAGAAACCACUAGAGAUGUGUACGAAAUGUACUUUGUGUUCGCUUGUCUUUGGGCUUUCGGAUCGGCAACAUUCCAAGAUCAGUUGAUUGAUUGGCGAGUUGAAUUUUCCAAAUGGUGGUUAACCGAGUUUAAAACUAUUAAAAUCCCAUCAUCAGGAAGUGUCUUCAAUUAUUUCAUCGAUUCUGAAUCGAAACAGUUUCUUCCUUGGUCAGAUCUUGUUUCGCCAUUCGAACUUAAUCCAGACAUACCUUUACAACAAACACUCGUAAAUACAAUAGAAACAACUAGAAUAAGAUAUUUCCUCGACUUAUUGGUUGAUAAAAAGAAGGCAAUUAUGUUGGUUGGAGCAGCUGGUACUGGAAAAUCGGUCAUAAUAAAUGAUAAACUUAAAUCACUUUCUAAUGAUUUGUACGCUGUUGCAAAUGUACCGCUUAAUUUCUACACAACAUCUGAAAUGUUACAAAAGAUUUUGGAAAAGCCACUAGAAAAAAAAGCUGGAAGAAAUUUUGGCCCACCGGGUGGAAAAAUACUAAUAUAUUUUAUUGAUGAUAUAAAUAUGCCGGAAGUUGACCCUUAUGGAACUGUUCAGCCUCAUACUCUCAUCAGACAAUUUAUGGAUUAUAAUCAUUGGUAUGAUAGGACUAAGUUAUGUCUAAAAGAUAUACAAAACGUUAUGUUUACUUCGAGUAUGAAUCCUACUGCUGGAAGUUUUACUAUUGAUUCUCGACUGCAGAGGCAUUUUUAUGUGUUUGCUUUAGGAUUUCCAUCACGUGAUGCAUUAUACACAAUUUACUUUUCAAUUUUAACUCAACAUUUAAAAAACCCAGUAAAUAAAUUCAACAGUACUGUAUUGAAAUUAGCUGAUAUAAUUGUGCAGUUGGCUAUCAAUUUUCAUGACAAAAUUCUUACAGUAUUUUUGCCAACAGCUAUUAAAUUUCAUUACAUAUUCAAUCUUAGAGAUAUGAGCAAUGUUUUUCAAGGAAUCAUGUUUACCACCGGUGAAUGUGUCUCAACAACUAGUUCUUUUAUUCGCCUAUGGCUUCACGAAACUAGUCGAAUUUAUAGUGAUAAAUUAAUUGAAAAAAAAGAUCAAGAAACCUUUUCAAAAACAAUUACUGAACAAAUAAAGAAAACUUUUAGUGACAUUCCGGAAAAUGAAUACUUGAUAAGCCCAUUGAUAUUUUCACACUUCUCGGAUGGUAUUGGUGAUCAAAAAUACAUGCCAGUGCGAUCGUGGACCAUACUCCAAAAAUUACUAAAUGAUGCGAUGCAGUCCUACAACGAAUUUCUGGGGGCUAUUAACUUGGUGCUAUUUGAAGACGCAAUGUCACACGUUUGCCGUAUAAACCGUAUACUUGAACUUCCUAGAGGCAACGCAUUGCUCGUUGGAGUGGGUGGCAGUGGUAAACAGUCGUUGGCCCGACUUUCAGCUUUUAUAUCUUCGUUAGAACCGUUCCAAUUACAGUUGAGGUCUUCAUAUGGUAUUUCUGAUUUGAAAGCUGAUCUAGCAACUUUGUACAUAAAAGCUGGGUUAAAAAACAUUGGCAUCAUGUUCCUAAUGACUGACUCUCAAGUGGCCGAUGAGAAAUUCCUAGUGCUCAUUAAUGACAUGCUUGCUAGUGGCGAGAUUCCAGAGCUAUUUGCCGAUGACGAAGUCGAUAAUAUAAUUCAAACAAUUGCUCCAGAGGUUAAAGCAGCUGGUUUACCUGAAACUAAAGAAAACUGCUGGCAUUUUUUCAUUAACAAAGUGAGAUCAUUAAUCAAGAUUGUUUUGUGUUUUUCACCUGUUGGUAACACAUUAAGAAUUCGAUCCAGACGGUUUCCUGCUCUAGUCACUUGCACUUCUAUCAACUGGUUUUACGAAUGGCCUAAAGAGGCUUUGGAAUCCGUAUCGUUUAGGUUUUUAAGCGAUUUGAUCGAACUGCCAGUCAAACUAAGGAAACCAGUAUCUCUAUUUAUGGCUCACGUACAUAGUUCAGUAAAUGAUAUGUCGCUAAGAUAUUUAACAAAUGAUCGUCGUUACAAUUAUACAACACCAAAAACAUUUUUGGAACAAAUUAAUCUCUAUAUGAAACUAUUAGUGUCGAAGACUAAUGAUAUUAAACAUGGGAUCUAUCGAUUCCAAAAUGGUAUUAAACAACUUUUAUCAUGUGCAGCUCAAGUCGAUGUUUUAAAAGUUGAAUUAGAUGUACAAGAGAUUGAAUUAACUAAGAAGAAUACUAAAGCUGAAGAGCUCAUAAAAGUGGUCCAAAAAGAAACAGAGAAAGUGAAGUAUGAAAAAUACAAAGCUGCCGAAGAAGAAGACAAAGUAAAAUUGAUUGAAGAAGAUGUUGGUUUGAAACAACGAUUGUGUGCAGAAGAUUUAGAGAAAGCAGAACCAGCAUUGGUUGCAGCACAAAGUGCUUUAGAUACAUUAAAUAAAAAUAAUUUAACAGAACUAAAAUCAUUUGGAUCUCCCCCAUUAGCUGUAAUAAAUGUAUUAUCGGCAGUUAUGGUAUUACAAGCCAAAAAAGGAAAAGUUCCAAAAGACAGGAGCUGGAAAGCUUGCAAGGUUAUGAUGGCAAAAGUUGAUGGAUUUUUGGAUUCACUUAUAAACUAUGAUAAGGAACAUAUACACCUGGAUGUAGUCAAAGCAAUUCAACCUUAUUUGAAAGAUCCUGAAUUUGACCCAGAUCUAAUUGCUGCUAAGUCUUCUGCUGCUGCUGGUUUAUGUAAAUGGGUAAUAAAUAUAAUGAAGUUUAAUAACGUUUGGCAAGUUGUGGAGCCAAAACGAAAAGCUCGAGAUCAAGCAAAUGAAGAAUUAAGUGCAGCAAGGAGUAAACUUAUGGAGCUUAGGAAUAUGAUAAUUGAAUUGGAAAGAAAACAAAAAAUUUUAACAGAUGAGUUUGAUGGCGCCGUAGCUGAAAAAACGAAUUGUCAAAAUCAAGCUGAUGAAACAUCUAUGAGGAUCGAUUUAGCAAACCGACUUGUCAAUGGAUUAGCAUCGGAAAAUGUCCGGUGGAAAGAAAGCGUUUCGAUAUUGCAAAAAAGUUUGCAAACUUUACCUGGGGAUACCCUUAUGGUUUCUGCUUUUGUUUCAUAUGUUGGUUACUUUACGAAAAUUUAUCGUCAAGAACUUAUUCAAAAUGCAUGGUUACCUUUUUUCAAAGAAGUUAAACCUGAGAUACUUAUAACAGAAAAUUUAGAUCCACUAUCUUUGCUCACUGAUGAUGCACAAAUUGCAGCUUGGAAUAAUGAAGGUUUGCCAAAUGAUAGGAUGUCAUCUGAAAAUGCAACAAUUUUAACUAAUUCUGUUCGAUGGCCAUUAAUGGUUGAUCCUCAGCUCCAAGGAAUUAAAUGGAUUAAAACAAAAUACGGAAGAAAUUUAAGAAUUACCAGACUGAACUACAAAAAUUAUUUAUUAGAUAUAGAAAUUUGUGUUAGAGAUGGGAACGCUUUAUUGAUUGAAAAUAUAGGAGAAAACAUUGACCCUGUCUUGGACAAUAUUAUUGGUCGAAAUUUAAUAAAAAAAGGAAGUGCUGUAAAAAUUGGCGAAAAAGAGAUUGAUUACAAUCCGAAUUUCCGUCUUAUAUUGCAUACAAAAUUAUCUAAUCCUCAUUACAAACCAGAAAUGCAAGCACAAACAACACUAAUCAACUUUACUGUCAACCGUGAUCAACUUGAAGAUCAAUUAUUGGCUGAAGUAGUGAAAGUUGAAAGACCUGAUUUAGAAAAAAUGAGAAUCGAUUUGACCAAACAACAAAAUAGUUUUAAAAUAACAUUGAAACAACUCGAAGAUGAUUUAUUGCAGAGACUAUCUUCAGCUGAUGGCGAUCAGAUACUUGGUGACAAAGAACUUGUUUUGAAUCUUGAAAAGUCCAAAAAGACUGCAACAGAAAUCGAAUUAAAAGUAGCUGAAGCGAAAAUAACAUCAAAAGAAAUUAAUUCUGCCCGUGAAGAAUAUCGCGUCGCUGCAACACGAGCAUCAAUAAUUUACUUUAUAAUGAAUGAUUUGAUAAAAAUUAAUCCAAUGUAUCAAUUUUCUCUGGAGGCUUUCAGUGUUGUCUUUCAACGAGCUAUGAAAAACGCGGAAAUUGCGGAUACUUUAAAUAAGCGAAUAACUAAUUUGAUUGAUAAUAUAACUUAUCAGACAUUCAUUUAUACUAGUAGAGGAUUAUUUGAAAAGGAUAAGUUAAUAUUCAUCUGUCAAGUGACUAUUCAGAUACAACUUCAAGCAAAUAAGAUAAAACCAAUAGAGUUAGAAUAUUUGUUGAGAAGACCAGCAGUUGCUGGAUUAGCUAGUCCAUUUGAUUUUAUUUCAUCAAAUGUAUGGGGAGCUAUAAAAUCACUUGUUUUAGCUGAUGAUGAAUUUGUAGGUCUAGACAAAGACAUUGAGACUUCCGGUAAACGAUGGCAAUUAUAUAUUGAUAGUGAAGCUCCAGAGAAAGAUAAACUACCGCAAGAAUGGAAAAAUAAAACUCCAUUCCAGAGACUUUGCAUAAUAAGAGCUUUAAGAACCGAUCGAAUGACUUAUGCUACCAAAGUAUACGUCCAUGAAGUUCUUGGUCUCAAAUAUAUCAAUUUUAGACCUCCAGAGUUUAUUGAUUCAUUCAAAGAAACUACUUCUAAAACUCCUGUUUUUUUUAUAUUAUCUGCAGGAGUUGAUCCAACACGUGAUGUUGAAGCUGUUGGUAAAAUAAAAGGAUUUACAAUUGAAAAAAAGAACUUCCACAAUAUAUCUUUAGGACAAGGUCAGGAACAAGUGGCAGAAGAUGCUAUAGAGUUAAGUUCUCGGUUGGGGAACUGGGUCAUGUUACAAAAUGUGCAUUUAGUACAAAAAUGGUUGCCUUCUUUGGAUAAAAAGAUGGAAGCAUCAUUUGAACAUCCACAUAUCAAUUAUAGAAUAUUCAUCAGCGCUGAACCGGCCGCUGAUCCGCUCUAUCACAUUAUUCCUCAAGGUGUUUUGGAUUCUUCAAUCAAAAUAACUAACGAACCACCAACAGGGAUGAUGGCAAAUUUACACAAAGCUUUAGAUAAUUUCAACCAAGACACUCUUGAGAUGUGUGCAAAAGAAGCAGAAUUUAAAGCGAUCUUGUUUAGUUUGUGUUAUUUUCAUGCAUCUAUACAAGAAAGAUCAAAGUUUGGUGCUCAAGGAUGGAAUAGAUCGUAUCCAUUUAAUGUAGGUGAUUUGACUAUUUCUGUGAAUGUUUUAUAUAAUUACCUAGAAGCCAACAAUAAAGUUCCUUGGGAGGACUUAAGAUAUCUUUUUGGAGAGAUCAUGUAUGGUGGACACAUUACUGAUGAUUGGGAUAGAAGAUUAUGUCGAACUUAUCUUGAAGUCUACAUGAAUCCAGAUUUAAUGGAAGGAGAUCUGUUAUUUGCACCUGGUUUUGUAGCUCCACCAAAUACGGACUAUAAGUCAUAUCAUGAAUAUAUAGAUGAUUUACUGCCAUCAGAAAGUCCUAUACUAUAUGGACUUCAUUCAAACGCUGAAAUUGGCACACUCACUACAAGAUCUGAAAACUUAUUCCAAACUUUAUUUGAAAUGCAACCCAGAGAUUCAGGGUCAUCUGGCGGGACUGGUAUGUCGAGGGACGAAAAAGUUAGGCAAGCUUUGGACGACGUUCUUGAUAAAGUUCCAGAACCAUUUAAUUUAAUAGAUAUGAUGGGUAAGGUCGAAGAACAAACUCCAUAUGUAAUCGUAUCAUUCCAAGAGUGUGAGCGUAUGAAUGCGCUAAUGAACGAACUUAGACGGUCUUUAAAAGAACUUCAUUUAGGAUUAAAGGGUGAACUGACAAUAACAGCAGAUAUGGAGGCAUUAGAAGAAUGUUUGUUUAUGGAUAAAGUGCCGCCCAGCUGGGAAAAGCUUGCUUAUCCGUCGUUAUUGUCUUUAGCAGGUUGGCAUGCUGAUUUAUUAAAAAGAUUACGUGAACUAGAAUCGUGGGUUAGCGAAUUUCAGCUUCCGUCGUCGGUAUGGUUAGGUGGAUUUUUUAACCCACAAUCAUUCUUAACUGCUAUAAUGCAGUCCACAGCUCGAAAAAUGGGAUGGCCUUUAGAUAAGAUGUGCUUACAAUGUGAUGUGACAAAAAGAUACCAAGAAGAAAUCAUGGUAGCACCUAGAGAAGGCGCUAUGAUAAAUGGAUUGAUACUAGAAGGUGCUCGUUGGGACUUAACCACGGGUUGUAUUGUUGAAUCGAUUCCAAAAGAAUUGUUUCCAAUAAUGCCAGUGAUACAUAUAAAAGCUAUAAUCAAAGACAAGCAAGAUUUGCGAAAUAUUUACGAAUGCCCAGUUUACAAAAUCAAACAAAGAGGCCCAACAUAUGUGUGGACAUUUAAUUUAAAAACACGGCAAAAGUCAUCCAAAUGGAUUUUAGCUGGUGUAGCAAUAUUACUAAGUGUAUAAUUUAAUAAACGAAGUACCAAUUAUAUGUGAUUAGAUAGAUUA